AUGAGCGCUGUGGCAAAUGUUUCAAACAAAAAACCGCCAAGAUCACGGAAGGCAAAACCUAACGGCUCCGUUAUUGGACAGAAACUAGUGACAACUCAACCGUCGUUGCCAUUGUCUUUCCAACUGGAACCUUCCAAGCUAUCUACUGAGAACAAUAAUGAAGAGGCCACCGACGCUGUUUUGCUUAGCGCAAUGGCCAAAAGAAGUAAGGUUAAAGUUUUGAAGAAGAAGCCAGCUGACAAAUCAGAUGCUUCAUCGUCUCAGCCAGCUCCAAGAAACCUGCCGAAGCAUCCAUUUACACGAAUUUCUUCCCUUUUGCAGUUGGAAGAGGAUACACAAGAAUCGAAUGAACCUGAGACGGUCGAUCGUGCGGAAGUUGCGGCCGAUAAUUCUUCCAAUAUUUCAAAUCAAGGACCAUCGACGACUACAGUGACUGAGUCUAACUCGAAGGAAACUAUACCCGACGUUGCUCCAGCCUCGAAGACCAAACGACGAAAGACCAAGCCGCCUUCAACAGCGCCGGUUGACGGGUCCGAAGCGUCUACUGCACAAGCUGCACCGCCAAGACGAACUGCGGCGCCAAGACGAGCCCGUCGACAGCGUGCCCCGGCUACUGAUGAGCCCCCUGAAGUUCGUCAGCAACGACUUGAACGACGAGAACUGUCUCGAUGCGGAACGUUGUGGUACAGAGUGGGCCGGCGCUUGGCAGUUGUCUUACAGAAAAAAGAAUUCUACCUUGUCGACGGCAUUCCAGAAGAAGCUCUACGAGAAUUCUUAAGAAUGAACAACGCGAUUGAAGAACUUUAUAGAUAUCGUCAGUUCUGUUAUCAAGGUCAACAUGAGAAUCAUGAUCAAGCAAUGCUUAAAAUCGAGGUGUGCGAGCAAUACGUGCGUCAAAUUGAUCGUAAGAAGUAUUUGAGGACGCUCCGUGCACAACAGUAA